AAAUUAUAUAAAAAAUUAAAAAAAAGUAUCAUAAUAUAUUAUAAAAGUGUUAAAAAUGUUUACUACGCAAGCCCGUUCUAACCGCCGUCACUCCCGCUUCGCCCUAGUACAUAUGCUAUUCUUACUAGCAAUAUGCGCCUACUCCAUUGCCAGUGUGCCAAGGUCCGCUCACGCUAUUGAAUCACUUGAGGCGGAGUCGUCGGUUGCCAGCAAUUCGGUGGAGGAUUUCGAGGAGAGUUUCGCUGCUGACACGCUGCUAGCGAAGGACACGGUAUUGAGGAAAAAUCCCGCGAAUAUCGGCAAUAAAUUGAAGGAGCUGUGGGAGCAAAUACCGGAGCACACGUUGAAUGCGGUGGAUAUAAAGAAGUGAAGGUGUUGAAAAGUAGUACUAAGUGUUAACUUGCGUUGGCUGGGCGUUGUAUGCAAAGGGUGGGAAAUGCGUUGAGGCGAUUUAUGACUCAAAAAAUUAUGCAAAAAGCUGUAAUGUGCAUAUUGGUUGCAUAUUUUUAGAGCGCAGCAGUCGAACCAUAAACUUUAAAUUAAUGAGAUUGAAAACCAAAUAUCGAUAAAUACCAACGAAUUAAGUUAUACAAAUUGAUAUUAAAUGUUGACAUCAUUUAUUUUUAAUCACUUUUAUAUAAUAGCAUAUUUUAAAAACUUCAAAAUGUAUUUUGAAACAUUAUUAAAC